AGAAGAAGAAGAAACAAUGAAACUAUUCAAAGCAUGCUAAAAAAAUUUCAAUGUCUCAAACUUUUCAAUUUUCAUUAUCUUCAACUGCAUUCAAUUCUUCUUCACUGAAUUUGAAGAAGUUGAAGAAAGUUAAAAUUCUAUGUUCCUCUAAACAUUCCAGUUUCAAAGAUGAUGAUGUUAAUGAAGGAGGUGAAGGAUUAUCAAGGGUUAUAUUGGUGGAGAGAUAUAGCAAUGGUACUGCUAAGAGAUACAUAAUAGGUGAUGAUUCACGGUUGCGAACCAUUCUUAUCGAGGAGGAUAGGUCUACGCAAAACAGGUUUGGGGUUUUGCAUUCUCCUGAUAAAAGACUAUCCUGGCUUCCAGAUACAGUUAAAGCUUUUAUUCUACCAGCAGGCUUUCCCGGAUCGGUCUCAGAUGACUAUUUGCAAUACAUGUUACUACAGUUCCCUACCAAUGUAACUGGAUGGAUAUGUCACACCAUAGUCACUUCAAGUCUCCUAAAGGCUGUUGGUGUUGGUUCUUUCUCUGGAACCACAGCAGCUGCUUCUGCUGCUGCCAUCAGAUGGGUCUCAAAGGACGGCAUUGGAGCUGUCGGGCGCUUAUUCAUUGGUGGGCGGUUUGGAAAUCUUUUCGACGAUGAUCCAAAACAAUGGAGAAUGUAUGCAGACUUCAUUGGCAGUGCUGGAAGCAUUUUUGAUCUGACAACCCCGUUAUAUCCCGGAUAUUUUCUUCCUUUGGCAUCUCUUGGAAAUCUUACUAAGGCUAUAGCCAGAGGACUAAAAGAUCCUUCUUCUAGAGUGAUUCAAAGCCACUUUGCAAUUUCAGCAAAUCUGGGAGAGAUAGCAGCAAAGGAAGAAGUUUGGGAAGUUGUAGCUCAAUUGGUUGGUCUUGGUUUGGGCAUAUUGAUACUGGAUACACCUGGCCUUGUAAAAUCAUAUACUGUACUUUCAUCAACUUGGUUGAUUGUACGGCUUCUUCAUCUUUGGCUACGCUACGAAUCACUUUCAGUUCUCCAGUUUAACACGAUAAAUCUUAAGCGUGCUCGCACACUGGUAAAAUCACAUGUUUUACAUUCCACUGUUCCAGGAUGCAUGGAUUGCAACAAGGAAGAGAAUAUAUUAGUGUGGUCACAGUUCAUGAAGCCAAUAAUAAUUUUCGGUUCACCCUUAGACAAGAUGGAUGGCAUGGAGAGAUCUCAUUUUAUGGUAGAGGCUCUUCUAAAGUUAUAUGCAAAUGAGAAAUAUAUUCUUGUGGUAAAUCAGCAACUAGAUGAUUUGAAGUUUUAUGUUUCUUUCAAGGUUGGAGCUACAAGUGUCUCGGUAUUGCGAAGCAUAUGGCAGACAUUCUGGCUUAGUGAGAAUUGGGAGAGCAAGGGUAAUGUUUGUGAUCAACUUGCCAAUAGCCUAAUGGAAUUGGAAAACAGGUUUGAUGAUUUCAUUCAAAAGUUGAAAGAUGCUGAAUGGGAUACUCAACAAUUAAAUUUGAAGGUUCCCAAAGAAAUUUCAAUUGAUGAUAUCAAUACCUCUUAAAUUCUAAAAUAGUGGAGAUUGAAAAUGCUUCAUUUUUUAAAGAUCCCGGGGUUUUCGAGAGUCGAACGCUAAAAUGUGAUCAACCAAAUUAUUCAAUGUAUUAGCAGAUUAACAAGCAUUGAAAGUAAAAUAUUUAUUUUCACCUGAAGUUAUUCAAAAAAUUGAGACAGUAUUUACAACUUAUGUUAUCAAAUUGAUUUCCUCUUUAAAAAUAAUUUAGUAGGUGCUUGUAGUGCUUUCUAUACAUGUAGGUAAAUAAUAUGUUUCUAUAUUUGAUAGUGUUUGGAGUUAUUGUAAUAACAGAUCAGUGCCUUGUUUGGAAAGAUUCCUUGCUAAGCUAGCUCUCACAUUUUAAUUUGUAUCUCUAUCAGAAUAGAAAGAUAUAUGCAUCCACUUUCAAAGCUCAA